ACUACAGCUUCCGUGCGGCCUUUAGUUUCACCACUCAGCAAUCAAGCGCACCCGUCCCAGUUAAUCUCCGGUACUUUCACAGUGGAAAUAUAACACAGAAAAAAGAUGCACAUUAAAACAGCUACGUGGGAGGCCAGCAGCAUGGGGUGCGAGUCAGACCCCCUGUACGAUUCUGCUGCGCUCGUCUCGCCCCCCAACCCGGAGCCCCACAUCCGAAACCGCCGCCUCUCACCGGGGUCGGGGAGCUGCGGCGGGGGCGGGGGAGGUGGGAACAGGGUCCGCAAGCACGCCCGGCAGACGUCUCCGCCCGCCGCAGAACACGCCCCCCACACACACGCCCCGGCCGCCGGCAGGGACACAGACCACAGAGCCCAUCUCAAAGGGCGCAGCCUCCGGAAAGAGGGGCCCAGGGGCGGCCGGGCGGGGCCCCACGACAGAGCGCGGAGGGACAAAGAGAGGUGGGCCGGGGACAGCCUGUCGCUGCUGAAGCCCCCGCCCGCCUUCCCGGUGAAGGACAGUCCUGCCAAGCUACAGCCCGCCGUCAGCUACGCCUCCAAGGUGAAGGCCGGCCCGGCCGGGAGCGUCGCGGAGGACCCCCCAGCUAUCGGGGUGCUGCUGCAGAACCAGUGGGGGCUGAGCUUCAUCAGCGACUCCCCCCAAAACGCAGAGGCGGCCGAGUCCCAGUCCCCCAUGCAGAACGGGACGUCAGUCGAGCCACCCCUCACCUGCCCGGUUAACCCCGCCAAGGGGGUGUCUCCCACUGAAGAGGCUGACGCUGGGAGUCCGGCCCCCACCACGCCCCUUCCCUUCAUUGGCCAGUGUCGAGAGGAGGCGGAUGCUUCUGGGGAGCUGCUGCUUGGCUGUCGCCAUCUGGUGGAGGCAGUGCGGUAUCACACUCAAGAGUGGGAAGCUAUCUACAGUAGACAGAAACAAGGUUCCCCCAAGGUCGUCUGGUACCAGUCUUCGGAUCAGCCAGCCUAGCACAUGCUAACAUGUUUCUACCGCACGUGCACACACACAGACAUGCAUAUAUACACACACACACACGCGCAUACACAUACACACUCCGGACUAAUUUCUUGAAGUGAGGAGGACAGCUGGCCCUUCUCCUAUGCCUUACAACAGAGCCUGCCUCAGUAGUCUGGACCUGGAGUUCUGCUCGCGGCUCACAACGGAAAUCUGUGUUGUGGAGAGUUUCUUUUUAAUCUCUAAGAAAUGUCCUUUUAUUGUAAGGAGCUGCAGUUUUAUCACAGACACCUUUUUGUCCUCUCUGAUAUGCGAGUGAUCAAUCAAGCACUUUCCUAUCCAUUGUGACCGACUGUUGUAUUCGCCCAACCCAAACCGUUUUUAAGAGCACAAGUUUGAAACGUUUCUCUUGUUUUUGUUUUUACCCUGGAAACGGAUGAUCAUUUCUCUUGUUUACACAGAGACAGCCAACACGGUCUGUAUGUGCCCUGCUUUAAAGUUGCUGUCUGUAAAGCUGUCUUGUCUUAGACUGGUCUAAUCAUUUUUUUUAAAUCCUGCUGGGAUUCUGGUCACGAAUGUGGUCUUUGAUUUAAACGACACUGGAAGAGAUUGAAAUUGAAAAGUGAACAGUAUUUCAUAAUAGAAAUAAAUGAGCUAAAGAUGU